UUUUUUUUGUUUUAAAAAAAAAAAUAGAUGAUUUUUUCUGAUCUGAAACAUAUUUUUACAUUAAAAAAUGACAUCACCAUAUAGAGAUGAAAGAGAAGCUUUAUUAUCAGAUACAGAUGCGCCUUUCAAUACAUCUAAUAUUGACUCUACGGAGGUGAAUAUAUUAAACGGACAUGAAGAUAAUCCUAUAAAUGCUGAAUAUCCACUAUAUGGAUGGUUCGGUAGGUUUCGUAGGUCAACUACUGCUGUUAUUAUUGUAACCUCAAUAGCUCUUUUCACGGAUAUGAUCGUUUAUGGUAUCGUGGUACCUAUCUUACCACUUAUCGUUCAUGAAAGACUUGGUCGUGAUUCUAAGUCUAUUGGAUUUCUUUUCGGCUGUUAUGCUAUUGGAUUGUUAAGCUCUACUCCUAUAUUUGCCGUGCUAAGUGAUAAAUAUCAUACUAGAAAAAUUCCGAUGAUGUUUGGUAUGCUCAGUCUCGCGAUUUGUUCAAUCUUAUUUGGAAUUGCUAAUUCAUACUGGCAACUUGUUGUUGCUCGUAUCGCUCAAGGUGCUGCUGGCGGUGCAUCAUGGACACUAAGUUUAGCUAUGUUGGCAGACAGAUUUGGAUCAGGUCCAAAACUUGGUGUAGUUAUGGGAACAGUAUUAUCAGCAAAUACAUUAGGGGCCAUUAUCGGGCCUUUAAUUGGAGGAUUACUUUAUCAAUAUUGGGGAUAUGUAGCACCGUUUUUCUUUUGUGCCAUAUUGGCAUUUUUUGGUUUCCUGGUUAUAUCAAUGAUAGUUGAACCUUCAGAUUUAUCAACAUAUCAAAGUGUUGAUGAAAAUUCUAUUAUUAAUGAUGAUAUAGAAGAUGCGAAUCAAGAAUUUCACACACAAUCUCCCUCCAUUUGGAAUUUAAUUUUUGAUUGGAACAUUAUUAAUAUCUGCUUAGCUAUUAUUGUUGUUGCUAGUAUACUGGCUGGACUUGAACCCAUUCUUCCAAUCUACCUUCGUAAAGAAUUUGAUGCAGAUGCAUCCCUGAUUGGAUUAAUAUUUAUUGCAAUAGCAAUACCAACAUUUUUAUCGCCAGCAGUGGGAUAUAUUUCGUUUUAUAUAGGACAAAGAAGAACAUGCGGUAUAGGUAUGAUAUUAAUGGGUAUAGCAACUCCAUUAAUUUCUCUACCAAGUAAAUUUUGGCUAGUGGUAUUGCCUUUAUUAUUUUUUGGUGCCACUUAUUCAAUAGUAACAACUCCAACGUUACCGUUACUUGGACAUUAUGUUACGCAAAAGGGUGGGGGUGCUUACGGUCAAAUUUAUGCUUUAUGGAAUAUGGCUUAUUCAAUUGGAAUGUUUGUUGGACCUGUUAUUGCUGGAUUAUUAUUUGAAUUAUUUGAGUUUAGAAAUACUCUUAUUAUAUUCGGUGCCGCUGUUCUAGCUAUUACUCCUUUGAUUUUCGCUGGAAGAUUACGAGAUCACGCAGAUCGGAUACAAAUUUAGUUAGUGAGCACGGCUGCAAUUUAUAAAUUAGUAAAAACGCGAGUAUAUGAAAAAAAAUGUGUUUUUUAUUUUUUUAAUUAAAUUGAAAAUUUAAAUUUGAAUAAAGAGAUGACUCAUUUGAAAGACAUUAAACCAACAGUGGAUCCUUACGCGCCCUUGUUAAAACAUCUUCAGAGAUUAAAUGAAGGAAUGAAAAAAUUAUCGGACAUACAUUUAACAUUACUGAUUAGAAAUCAAUUACUUGUUGAAAUUGCUGAUGAUAAUAAAAUUAUGGAAAAGAAAAAAGAAAAAAGAAAGUUAACGGAAUAGAUUAAUAGUAUAAUAUAGUACGUAUGAUUUGAAUUUAAUCACGAGUGGUGUGAAAGCUUUGAAGAGUAACAUAAGAUGUUGA